AUGUCUGAAUGCAGCUAUGAUAUUAUUAUCCUGACAGAAACCGGACUUGACGACCGCAUCAAUUCACUGCAACUGUUUGGAUCUUCAUUUAAUGUUUUCCGUUGUAAUCGCAAUCUUGCUAAUAGUAAUGAAAAAAGCUUCGGUGGAGUGUUGAAUGCUGUUGCGGAAGAACAUAGCAGCUCAAUUGCUGAAACAAUGAAUGGUCGUUACUUGGAGCAAGUGUGCGUGCGUGCUUUAAUUCGUGGCGCAAAGCUGCUAAUUUGUGGAGUGUAUAUUCCACCCGAUGAAAGCCAGCUGGUUAGUGUGAUCGAUUCGCAUAUUGCCUCGAUUGUGAAGCUUUGUAGCAAUAGCCCAGUGAACGAUGUAGUAGUUCUGAUUUGCGGUGAUUAUAAUCAGCCACGCAUAGUUUGGGACAACAGUGAAGACGGUAUUCAGUUCACCAGUUCAUCUCAACUUUCUGCAGCUGCUUCGGCGCUAGUCGAUGGCAUGAACUUUUUAAAUCUCCGCCAAGAAAAUAAUCAGCGCAACCAUCUGGGCCGUAUACUGGACUUGGCCUUUUGUUCUCCCGAUCGAAUCGCUGCUGAUGUUUGCGUCGCUCCUCUUGUUUUGCCGCUAGAUCCCCAUCACCCAGCAUUAACUAUUUCGUUGCCCGCUGAAUGCAAUAUUCCCCCUCGUCCUGCUUCACGCCGCACAUAUCGCGAAUCUAGUGUUUUGAAUUACCGCAAACUUGACUUUACUGCUUUAACUGACUACUUGACGAACCUAAACUGGACCAUUCUAGACGAGCAAGACAACGUUGAUGAUAUGGCUACGAUAUUUUGCGAUACUUUGUACCAGUGGUUGAAUUCGAAUUUGCCAUCUGUGAAGGCACCCGCUUCCCCUCCCUGGUCUAACCCGCAUUUGCGUGCGCUCAAACGGGAACGUAAUAGUUGGCGGCGUAAAUAUCGCCGUUGGAAAACCUGCGAAACGAAACGCAACUUUAAGCUUUCGAGGGAUGAAUACCGUCGAAUGAAUGCCACUCUGUACAAGCGCUAUAUUAUGCGGGUUCAAACUGAUCUUCGCCUGAAACCUCACAACUUUUGGAAUUUCGUCAAUUCGAAGAGGAAAUGUACUUCAAUCCCCAAAAACGUUUACUACGAUGGGACUGAGUCAAAAUCAAACUCAGAGUGUUGUGAAAUGUUUGCGAGUUUUUUUGCUUCAGUUUUUGCUAGUAAUACUGCAUCUGCACUUGAAGCCGUUGAAGCUGCAGUUUCUGUUCCGGCUAACUUAGUGGAUUUGAGUACGUUCGAUAUCACUACCGAUAUGAUUUUGGCUACUGCAAAAAAAUUAAACGUUCGUUCUCUGCUGGACCUGACGGUAUCCCGGCAGUGA